AUGUCGAAAGCAUCUCAGCCAGAGUUAAAACAGUAUAUGGAAAAGCGACACUUCAUCCAACUGAAUGGGGGUCGAAAGGUAACUGGUAUCCUUCGAGGAUAUGAUCCUUUCAUGAACUUGGUCCUAGAUGAUGCGGUUGAAGAAGUUUCGACUACAGAAAAGUAUAACAUAGGGAUGGUG